AUGUCGGAAUCACGCCUUCAGGAUGAGGAGCGACUACGGAGGCGCCGAGUCCAACAGCCACCUCCAGAACUGGAACAGGAGCAUGCUUUGUCAUCGAAGUAUGAAAGCCUCAAUUAUGAAGUGUCUGAGAACCAGCUAUAUCGGGAGGAAGAAGCUAAACCGAGUCAUCAUGUGAAGCUGUGGCGACGUUCACGUAAUCGAUGGAUUGUCUGUUUCUUCAUAGGAAUUUUCACAGCUCUAGUAGCUGCAUUGAUCGAUAUCAUGCUACAUUACAGUCAAGAGAUCAAGUUUGGAUUCAUAAUCAAAAAUCUGUUGUCGAACUGCGAUAAGGAAACCGAGCUUACUGGUGAUGGCUGUAUGUGGAAGGUGGUAACAGCAUGGAUUUGUUAUAAUUGCUUACUUGUUGGAAUCGCUGGAUGCUUGGUUAUUUUCUGGGCACCAAUUGCUGGAGGCUCGGGAAUUCCGCAGAUAAAAUGCUUCCUGAAUGGUAUCCAAAUACCAGAGGUUGUAAAAUUGAAAACCCUCGUCUCUAAAGCAAUCGGAGUUGCAUGCGCUGUGGGUGGAGGCUUAUCAGCGGGAAAGGAAGGUCCGAUGAUUCACUCUGGCGCUGUUGUGGGUGCCGGUAUUUCUCAGGGUCGAUGUCAGUCUCUACAUUUUGAUACUGGCUUAUUCAAAGAGUUCCGGAAUGAUCGAGAGCGUCGUGACUUUGUUUCGGCCGGUGCCGCUGCUGGAGUUGCAGCAGCCUUCGGUGCGCCCAUUGGUGGUGUUCUUUUUUCACUAGAGGAAGGUGCAAGCUUCUGGAAUCAGAAUCUAACUUGGAGAAUGUUUUUCUCCGCGAUGAUCUCUGCCUUCACUGUCAAUUCAAUUCUUAGCUGGUUUAAUGGUCGCAGUGGAUGGCUAUCUUGGACAGGGUUGGCAAACUUUGGUGUCUUCGAGAACAAGAAUUACAACAUUUGGGAGAUUCCACUGUUCUUGGCUAUUGGGGUUAUUGGUGGCUUGACGGGUGCUCUAUUCAAUCAUCUCAAUUCCAGGCUGACAGAAUUCAGGAAGAAAUAUGUAUCGAAUAAAUGGCAGCGAUUACUGGAGUGUCUGCUGGUAGCUGCAAUAUCCGCUUUUGCUGGCUUCAUUACCAUUUUCCUAGUUGAUGACUGUCAGCCCGUCGGUGUGAAUCCUAACGUCACCGAAGUUAAUCAGAUGUGGUGCAAAAAGGGGGAAUACUCCGCGGUGGCGAAACUUUUCUUCCAGAAUCCAGAAGAAAGUGUGAAAGCACUCUUUCAUAGCCCCAUAAAUUCAUUUCGGCCAUGGACUUUAUUGAUUUUCUCGAUGGAAUAUUAUAUGCUUACAAUGUGGACGUUUGCUUUACCGGUACCUGCAGGAGUUUUCAUUCCUGCAAUUUUGACCGGAGCGGCUUGGGGUCGUUUAUUUGGAAUAGGCGUUGGCCGCGCUUUCCCAACUAUUACAGGUAUUGAUCCUGGAAAGUAUGCAUUGGCUGGAGCGGCUGCACAAUUGGGAGGCAUAGUACGAAUGACGAUAUCGCUUACAGCUAUAAUUAUGGAGGCUACAAAGGUUUUCUAUUCUGACAUGGAUGGACUCGAGGGUAUUGACCGAGCUGGAAGAGUUCGACUCAGUGAUUUCUUUGACGAGGAUGUACAGCAGGACAAAUCUGUUGAUUCUCUGAGGUUAUCGCCUUUGGAUGAACAGUGUUGGAUGGAUCUCGAACCUUUCAUCCAUCCUCAUCCUCAUCGUGUUCCCCUCAACGCUUCCUUGCCGUUUAUUUUUCAACUAUUCCGAGGACUUGGAUUGCGUUUCCUCGCUGUCGUUAACGAUGAUAAUAAGCUACGCGGUAUCAUCACUCGAAAGGACGUCGCUCGAUUUAGAGAACGCCGUUCGAAUAGAAAAUAUCAAGUCCAGGAAUUGUAUAUUGCUGAAGAUAGAACGAAUUGA